UAUCAGUGUCAGCUCAAGCAGCUCAUCAGCAUGUUCAACUUAUAACAACACUAAAAAUGAAAUAUUACUCUGGUGUACUAGUUUUAGUUGGGUUUAGUGGCUUUGUAGCUGACUUCUUAAUACCUGGCGUGUCAGGUUAUGACUUGGGUGCCAGUUGUGACUAUGAUGAAGACUGCAUAGCUGAACACUCCUUCUGCCAGAUGCAACGCACCUGCCAAUGCAAGAGAGGGUUCCAACCAGCGAAUGACGGCAGCACGUGCCUUGCAAGUGUUGCAGCAGCAUGUAGGACCAAAUAUGACUGUGUCAGUCUGCCUCACUCUGACUGUCUACAGGACAUGUGCCUCUGUGAGCCAGACUUUGUCCCAGACCCUGCAGGAAAGCAGUGCUUGCCAAGGGUGAAAGAUAUAAAGGGCAGUUGCUUGCAAGAUACACAGUGUCAAGAGAGUUUUGGGGACCAGAGUCGCUGUAUUGGAGGCCGCUGUGAGUGUAACAUGAGGUUCCAUUUCUUGAAUGGACGCUGCUUUCAGACUAAAGAUUUAAAUGAAUUCUGCUCAAACUCCAGUGAAUGUUUCAUUGGACCGGAAUAUACAACCACAAUCGAGUGCAGGGAUCAGAGAUGCCAAUGUGUUAGAGGUUACUAUGGCAACGAGUACAGAAAAUGCACGAGAUCUUUUGGAUUCAAGACGACUUCAAAUGUUGAUGUUAUAGUCACCAUUUCAAUAUUUAUUUUUCUCUUUAAUAGUGAUAUGUAAAUAAAUAUUAAUUCUUUUUUGACUCAAGGUCAUACAAAUUAGCAUGAAUUAAGGUAAGAAAAAAUUUAAGGACUGAAUAUGAUAGUGACAUAAAAAUAGCAGAUAGCCUAUAUUAACUCAGUGAUCUUAAAGAUUUUUAUACUGAAGAAAUUAUUUUACAGAAAUUUUAAUUGUUGUUAUUUAAAUGUGUUAAGGAAAUUUUGUUCUGUGUUGGAAAGCACAAAAGAAAAUGACAGUACAAAAAUUGUAAAAAAUAAUUAUUUUUAUUGUACAGUUAAGUAUUAUUGCUUUUCUAUUUAAGAAAAUAUAAAAUACUCGUUAUCUACUUUCAAUGUUAAUUGAAAAUAAUGAAAAUACAUUGGA